UGGUUGGUCAAUGUGGUUGCUCCGAUUGGCUCCCUAUUGGCCAAUCAGAGCGCCGCGGCAGUCGCUUAUUAAUGAUGUCAGGAGGCACGCUAUACAUUUCCAGUCUAGAGGCUGCAGCAUGGGAGCUCCUUCGGGGAAGAUCAACCGGCCGCGGACAGAGCUUCAGAAAAACCUUUUCAAAAGACGACGUGUUUUGAGCAAGCAGAAGAGGAAAAAGCACCGUAUUGUGGGAGCGGUGGUGGAUGAAGGGCUCAUCACUUUGCACCACCUGAAAAAGCGAUCGUCCAGUGCACGUGCCAAUAUUACUCUCUCUGGGAAGAAGAGGAGGAAACUGCUGAAGCAAAUCCACCAUGCUACUAAAGAAAAAACAGAUAUGCAGGUUGAUGCUUCACCAGGUGCAACUAAAAAUGCUCAGAUGAGAAAGAAGAACAAGAAUAAGAAAGAAAAGUUAGUAGGCUGCCCUGAUGUGGAAAUGGUGGAAACUGAGCCUGCACCACAAUCAGAAAUCUCUCUGUAAUGCCUUCAAACUCAGUUUCCUUGCUCUUCUUUGCAGCCUGAAACUGGUAGGAUGGUGGGACUGACAGAGGUGGUGAAGGGGUACCAGGGAUGCAAAAUCCAGAAAAGCCCAAUGUCUUGGGUCUUGGCCCUCAAUGUUCGAUGUGACAAAUUCUUAAAAUACAAAAAAUAGAAAGAUUUGUGGAACAGGUUGAAUGUUGGCCUAGUUUCUACACUCAUCCAUCCACAUUCAUCCAAAAGAGCCAGCCAGGUUUUAAAACCCUUUCUAGUCCAUUGACCUCCUGGCUGGCUCCCAAGAGGUUUUACAUUAAAUUGAUAUGUGACAUGAAAAAAAAAGAUUCUUCAACAUAUGGUAUUCAGUAGGAUUUUAAGAAUUAAUAAUGGCUACAUCAGGUUUUCAGCAUAAUAAAAGUAUAUUAACACCUGGAUGCUGUAACCCUUUGUCCAAGUACUUGGAAAUAAGUCCUAUUGAUUUCUCGAUAACACUUGUAGAUAGAGUCUUUGUGUGCGCGCACAUGCACACUCAUAAGGCAAGAAUUCGUUUUUCAACAUCAUAAAGGUGGAGAAAAAAAUUCUAUUAUAAAAUCAAGAUGCCAGUACAGUUGAGCUUUUCUGUCUGUGUUGAAACUUUGUAUAUUUUGGGCAUCAAAUGUUGUCUAAAUAAAAUGACAAGAAACCUGG